CGGCGGUCUGGAUAUAUAUAUUUACAUCCGUAUCAUCACUCUGAGAAAAUUUAAUUGCCAUUGAGUAGAAAAUAUAAAGUGACGAGGGAAAGUGGAGGAAUUUUCUUUUAUUUUGGUCGCUUUUAAGUGCCUCGUUUCACCCCACCCAUAUAUCAGUUGGACUGGGAUAAAGUUUCAUGUUUUUAAAUGCAUGUGUUCACUUUGUAAAUUUUGUUUUGUGUUAUCGAAUUAUCAUACAAUUAAUAAAAACAAACUAUCAUAAAAUGCGCGUGUCCGGUUCGUAGGCCCUCUCGUGGUCAAUUACGUCACUACAGGCGCUUUCAUCCCUGACUCGACCAAUGAGCGCGGCGCCUCGGAAGCCCUUCUCUUCCUGAUGGCAUGGAAACAGGGGAAGAAAAAUCGAGGUCAAAAUAUUUUGACACGUGACUCGGUAGCGAUUGGUUAUCGAUGCGUCAAGACCCUGACACAUGGCACGGGCACAUGCGACCGAAGUGGCGUGAUGAAGGAUCAUCUUUAUGGCAGAGAACAACGACCUGCUGUUUGGUUCUCCGUCUGUAACCCAUGACUAGUUGUAAACGAAAAUCACGUCGUUAUUGUAGCUCACCGAAUUCACGAAUUAGGCGUUUAUGUGGGUAAAUGAUGGGUAACGCCACUAUUGACGUAAUCUGCAGAAAAACGCUGAUCUAGGGGAGAGCAACAAACCCAUACAAGAAUGAAGGGACCCUCUGCAUUUAUUUCUCACCGCACAAAACGUGUAUUCAACUGCUUGAGUCUGCAAAUACACUUCGCUACGCGGAUAUUACGCUGAAUGUGGCGUUAAAAUGUUUGUCUUUAGAUGCACUAUUCAUUGGCUGUUAUUGCGCAUUAUUUUUUAACUGCCUGGCAAUACUGACAUGACAUGAACUAGUUAAAAUUUCCCAAUUGGAAAGGGCGAAGUCUGCACAGCAACAAGAAUCACGAUUGCGUUGCGCACUGACUGAGCAUCUAGUGCGCUUCUGGUCCAAUUGCUGAUGCUUUCCGCCUGCAAAAUCUGCCACAACCGUAGUAAUACCUUGACAACCGGACCCGGGCGAACCGAGAAACAUUUUUGACAACUCGACGACGGGGAAUCCUUUUUCUAAAUCAAUACCUUGAAGUUUAUUGGACAGGUCAUCGGAUAUUCCUGAACGAAAGUUCUCACGCGGCAAUUAAAAAUGAAGUACUGGUGCACUCAGGAGUCUUCGUCAUCAGGAUACAAUGGAGCUCUUGGAGGAGGAUCUCACAUGCCCAAUAUGCUGCUGUCUUUUCGAGGACCCGAGAGUUCUGCCGUGCUCUCACAGCUUCUGCAAGAAGUGUCUCGAGGGCAUCCUGGACGGUAACCGGGGCCCUGCAUGGAGACCACCGUUCAAAUGUCCGACCUGUCGAAAGGAGACCGUGCACAACGGUAUCGCGAGCUUGCAAGUCAAUUACUCCCUACGUGGCAUCGUGGAGAAGUACAACAGGAUUCGAGUGAUGCCGAGGAUGUCGCUCUGCCGAGUUCACAGCGGACAGCCGCUCAACAUCUUCUGCGCCACGGAUCUGAAGCUCAUCUGUGGUUUUUGCGCCACGACAGGUGAUCAUAAAGGACACAAGUUUUGCGCGCUGGAGGAGGCGUAUGAACGCGAGAAGCUCGCGUUUGAGGAGUUGUUUCGUGUCGUGGAGGGCUGGAGGGGUGAGGAGGUGCAUUCGUGCCUGGAAUCGUUAGAGGGAGCGAAGAGGAAAGCGCUGGAGAGGGUCUCGCGGGACGCGGAUCGAGUCUCGGAGUACUUUGAAAAACUUUUGCGCACGCUGGAGCACAAACGGAGCGAGAUCCUCUCGGACUUGGAGACCCUGAAGCUCGCGGUCAUGCAGACCUUUGACCCCGAGAUCAACCAGCUCCGUUCUGCGCUCGAGGAGCAGCGGCGCGCGCUCAGCAUCGCCGAAUCCUUCCGGUCGCUCUCCGACCCACUCACUUUCCUCCAGCAGAUGCAGGACUUCAGAGAUAAGCUGCGCGUCAUUCAGGGAACACCGCUGCCGUCGCGGACAGACGUGGAUAUGGGUUUGCUUGGCCUGCAUAGCUUCGAUGUGAAGGAAUGGGACCGUGUGCGUAUAGGAGAGGUGGACAAGCUGUGUGCCCCCUACGAGAGCAGCACCUACCUGGCUUCGCUGCCCCCUGCUGUCGCUCCGCGCUUCUCCCGUGUGCUGUGGAGAGUUGUUCUGGUUGUCUGUGCGUGCCUCCCCGCGCUGAACUUUCUCCCGUCGGACUGUCUCGCUCUGAGCUUCCAGGAUAAGAUGCUCGCACUCAGUGGCUUGUCUCUGCCGGGUCCUGGAGACAUUGUGCGCUGGUUUGUGUUCUGCUGGAAAGAAGCGGAAGCGAUCUGCACGUUAUUAACCGAGCUGUGUCAGAACUGCAUCUUGGACCUGAUAAACACAACAUCAGAUUUCAUCAGCUGAUUUUAUAACUUCAUUCAUUAGGUACUUUUUUAAUGUGUGCCAAUCUAAUAACUCCAGCAUUUGGGAAAUUUUAUUUGUGUCUCUGUUUUUGAAUGUGUAACAAGAAUGGUUGGUUUAAACAGUCAGCAUUUGUGUGCUUUUAAAUUGCACGGAUUGUGUCUGUUGGUUUUAAAUGGAGAAAAAAAAGUGUGGAUGAAUCGUGGUUUACUAAUGGGAUAACAUUUCCCAAUCUUAAACUUAAUAAAAUGCCUUGUUGACUGAA